AUGGCCACUUCCCUCGCCCGCAUGCUCAAGGGCCAAGUCCGAUGCUACUCCGCACCGCUGGACAUGGCCAUCCCGGCCUCCAAACAACGCUACAUCCCCACGACCGGCACCUACCCCCAGGGCUUCCAGGUCUCCGGAACCCAUGUGGGCGUCAAAGCCUCCAACACCCGCUUCCCCGAUCUGGCCCUGAUCGCCUCCGAUACGCCAUGCUCGGCCGCCGCAGUGUUCACAACCAACAAGUUCCAGGCCGCGCCAGUGCAAGUCAGCAAGAAGACCCUGCAAAGCCGUAAAGGCAAUGGCAUCCGCGCUGUCGUGAUCAACUCAGGCUGCGCCAAUGCCGUCACCGGCAAGGGCGGCCUAGAGGACGCCGUGCAGAUGGGAAGAAAGGUAGAUGAGUGCAGCGAUGUUGAGAACGACAGCUCUCUAGUGAUGAGCACCGGUGUUAUUGGACAGCGCCUCCCGAUCUCCAAGAUCCUCGACCGCAUCCCAACAGCGCACUCAACCCUCGCCUCAACACACGAAGCCUGGCUCACCACAGCCCGCGCAAUCUGCACAACAGAUACCUUCCCCAAGCUCCUCUCGCGCACCUUCACCCUCCCCUCCUCAGACCGCACCUAUCGCCUCGCAGGCAUGACCAAAGGCGCCGGCAUGAUCCACCCGAACAUGGCGACGCUGCUGGGCGUUCUCUGCACAGACGCCGCAGUCGAGCCUGCCGCGCUGCAAUCGAUCCUGAAGCAUGCCGUGUCGCGAUCGUUCAAUUCGAUCUCCAUCGACGGCGACACCAGCACGAACGACACAAUCGCCGUGCUGGCGAACGGAGCUGCAGGCGGCGAGACUGUGCGCGCGCCAGCCGCAUGUCCCAGCGCCGACUACACUGCGUUGCAGAGCGUUGUGACUGAUUUCGCGCAGGAGCUGUCGCAGCUGGUUGUGCGGGACGGCGAGGGCGCUACUAAGUUUGUUACUGUGCGCGUGCGCAACUCGCCCGAUUACGAGUCUGGACGACAGAUUGCUUCGACUAUUGCCCGCUCGCCGCUGGUUAAGACGGCUCUCUAUGGCAAGGAUGCUAACUGGGGUCGUAUUCUUUGUGCCGUGGGCUAUACGCAGGGUGUUGCUGAGGGGACUAUUGUUCCCGAGCGGACUUCUGUUAGCUUCCGCCCCGUCGAUGGUAGUGAGGUUUUGAAGUUGUUGGUUAAUGGUGAGCCUGAGGCUGUUGAUGAGACCCGCGCUGCUGCUAUUCUGCAGAAUGAGGAUCUUGAGAUCGAGGUUGAUCUUGGUGGUGGUGAACAGGGAGCUGCUGGAUGUGGUGGUGAGGAUGCUGUUUAUUGGUUCUGUGACUUUAGUCACGAGUAUGUGACUAUCAACGGUGAUUACCGCACUUAA